CCAGCCCCGUUGGCUGCCAGGGCCAUUAGCACCAGCAGAGCUGCCCAGGCAGAGCCAGCCUGAGGAGACAUCUGAGGCCACAUCUCUCAACAGUCUGCUGUUCCUGCUGCUGCACCCACUGCUGCACGCUCUGGCCCUCGCUGCUGGAACUAUGCAGUCCCCUCGCUGCUGCCUUCUCUCCCUCCUCCUCUACCUCUUCCUCCUCUCUGGGACAUGGGCAAACCUGGAGGGGGCCUUCACUCUCCGGCUGCUCCAGACCACCACCUUCCAAAACACCUCAUUUACGGACAUGGAGGGAUUGGGCCUGCUUGAAGACAUCGAACUUGGUUGUCUUGAUAAACACACAUGGUCCAUCCACUUCUGCCAGCCCUGGGUGCGCCCAGCCCUGCCCCACGUUGACUGGGACACCAUUGAGAACCUACUUAAGGUCUAUUUGCAGAAGUUCAGGCAUCUGAUCAACGAAGGGGCCAUGCAAAGGGACAUCCCCUACCCCUUUGUGGUUCAGUGCAUGGCAGGCUGUGUGCUGUACUCCAACAGAACCUCCCAGGCAUUUGCCUAUGUGGGUUACAACGGUCAGGAUUUCCUCAGCUUUGAUACAGAGAAUGUCACCUGGACCCUCUCCCAGGACACCGAGUUGUCACGGUAUGUCCAGUCAUUUCUCCAGAACUACACUGCCUUGAAUGAGCUGGUGGAAAUAAUCUUCAAUGAUACUUGUGCCGAUGAAAUGGAGGUGUUCCUGCAGUAUGGGAGGACAGCUUUCCCAGUCCCAUCUCCUCCCUGUCAACCCUUGUCUCAUGUAGGGGCCUUCACUCUCCGGCUGCUCCAGACCACCACCUUCCAAAACACCUCAUUUACGGACAUGGAGGGAUUGGGCCUGCUUGAAGACAUCGAACUUGGUUGUCUUGAUAAACACACAUGGUCCAUCCACUUCUGCCAGCCCUGGGUGCGCCCAGCCCUGCCCCACGUUGACUGGGACACCAUUGAGAACCUACUUAAGGUCUAUUUGCAGAAGUUCAGGCAUCUGAUCAACGAAGGGGCCAUGCAAAGGGACAUCCCCUACCCCUUUGUGGUUCAGUGCAUGGCAGGCUGUGUGCUGUACUCCAACAGAACCUCCCAGGCAUUUGCCUAUGUGGGUUACAACGGUCAGGAUUUCCUCAGCUUUGAUACAGAGAAUGUCACCUGGACCCUCUCCCAGGACACCGAGUUGUCACGGUAUGUCCAGUCAUUUCUCCAGAACUACACUGCCUUGAAUGAGCUGGUGGAAAUAAUCUUCAAUGAUACUUGUGCCGAUGAAAUGGAGGUGUUCCUGCAGUAUGGGAGGACAGUUCUGGAGAGACAAGAGUUGCCUGUGGCCACGGUCUUCACCCGCACCCCCAGCCUAGACCAGCUGCUGCUUGUUUGCCAUGUCACUGGCUUCUACCCCCGUCCCAUCAGCGUGGCCUGGCUGCGGGAUGGCCAGGAGGUGCCUCCGGGCCCGGCGCUCAACACCAGCACCAUCCUGCCCAACGCUGACCUCACCUACCAGCUCCGCAGCGUCCUGGCCGUGGCCCCCCGUGAUGGGCACAGCUAUGUCUGCCGUGUGCGCCACCACAGCCUGGGCACCCGCAGCCUUCUCAUCCCAUGGGGGAACUCAGAAGUGGUGCUGAUCACAGGGCUCGUGGCUGGCCUGCUUGCAGCCGUGGCCGUAGCUGCCAUGUCAGUGCUUUGGGUGUGGCGACAAAGAAAGCACCAACAGAUGGAGGAAUCUGAGUCCAGGAACUCCAUCCUGAGCAGAGAAGCUUAGCUCAGAAGGGAGCCAACAGUCCCCAUUCCCUCCCACUGCCUUCAUAGCAACAAGAUCUACCUUUUUCUGCUUCAUCUAAGUUCUGGGCAUUGCCAAUUGCAAGACUAAAUUCAGAGAUGCACAAGAGAAACCUGAGCUGUUGACUCACCUGAAUUUUCUAAACACACACAAAUGCAAGUCUGAGACCUCCUCACUUGUUACACAUGAUCAUCUCUUAGCUUGUGGCACUGGCCAGUCCACCCACUGAUGCUUUAGGGCACCUCAAUGCCCAAUGGCAAAUUCUCCUGGUUUUGAUUCAGUGACAGUUUUGUAAGAAGGUGGAAAGCUGUCCCCUUCUACUGUGACUUUCUGUUUUGGUUUUUUUUUCUAAAAAUUGCCUUUAUUAACCAUAUUCCAGAAAUAUUUGUGCUGAGACUGAACUGUUCCACAUGGACUGUGUUGGGUUGAUGUGGCCAGAAAUGUGCAUUCUAUCACCAUCUC